AUGGCGUCCGCCGCCGCACCUGCAUCGGCCGACGCAGCCCCAACCACCACAUCAAAGCUUGCUCGCACCCGCGCCAAUCUCGCCUACCUCGCCAACCCAAAGGGCGCCGGUGCCCCCUCGUCGCUCGUCACCCGCUCGUCCCUCAAGACGUUCCGCUACAUCCUCCGCUUCGUCUUCUGGCGCAUGGUCCGCUACGCAAAGUACGCCAUCGUCGGCGCAGGUGCCGCAGCUCUAGCGGGCACGUUUGCCGGCGCCGCCAUUCCCUGGGUCGGCGCCCUGCUCGUCCCGAGCGUCCCUGUCGCGGCGGCCAUGGGUGCGACUACCGCCCUGAUCAAGUUCACCUGGCGGCAUCGCGGCAACCACUUCCGCCAAGGGUGGCUCUCGGGCGGCGACGGCGACCCUCGCGCCGACUAA